GUCGGAAGUGGCGCGCGGCAGUACUAUCCCCUCAUGGCGGCAGCAGUGACUUGGGCGCGGCGAGUCGGUGACUGAAGUGCGAGCCUGGCGGGCGUCCGCCGAGUCCGGCCCGGCCCGGCCCGGUCUCCGCGUGCCCUCCGGGCUCCUCACCUCUGAUGCUGUACUGAUACUGAGCUCACCGAAGCCGGGACGAUGGUGAAGUAUUUCCUGGGUCACAGCGUGCUCCGAAGUUCUUGGGACCAAGUGUUCGCUGCCUUCUGGCAGCGUUACCCGAAUCCCUACAGGAAGGCAUGGCCUGGAGGCUCCAAAUGGAAACUCCACAAGGCAGUCAAUAAGGAACAGGCUUCUGAGAGUCCCCUUCACUCUGACAUCUGCAGCAAACAUGUCUUGACGGAAGACAUAGUACACCGGGAGGUGACCCCUGACCAGAAGCUCCUGUCCCGGAGACUCCUGACCAAGACCAACAGGAUGCCCCGAUGGGCAGAACGACUGUUUCCUGCCAACGUUGCUCACUCGGUGUACAUCCUGGAGGACUCUAUAGUGGACCCACAGAAUCAGACCAUGACCACCUUCACUUGGAACAUCAACCAUGCCCGGCUGAUGGUGGUGGAGGAACGAUGUGUUUACUGUGUGAACUCCGACAACAGUGGCUGGACCGAAAUCUGCCGGGAAGCCUGGGUCUCCUCUAGCUUAUUUGGCGUCUCCAGAGCUGUCCAGGAAUUUGGCCUCGCCCGGUUCAAAAGUAAUGUGACCAAGACUAUGAAGGGCUUUGAAUACAUUUUGGCCAAGCUGCAAGGCGAGGCCCCUUCCAAAACACUUGUGGAGACAGCCAAGGAAGCCAAGGAGAAGGCAAAGGAGACAGCGCUGGCAGCUACAGAAAAGGCCAAGGACCUCGCCAACAAGGCUGCCACCAAGCAGCAGCAGCAACAACAACAGUUCGUGUAGCUGGUGUGGGCCUUGCCACCAGAACUACCAUAGGCCACCAGCCAGAAUGGCACUGCUCCCUCCGCCCUCUCCCCACUGUACUUUAUUAUUAAAACUCAGCUCGCAGCCCUCUGUGCUGUCUAGGGGGUGGGUCAGGCAGGUGUUCUGUCACAUCUGGAGUAUACCAUGGCCUCCACAUCUAAGCCCAUCCUACUUAUUCCUCCAUUGGGCAGCUGGUGACAGGUGCGGAGAUUUGCCCAGGGUCACACUGGCAUAAUGCAGGGCUCUGAUUGUUCUCUGUGGCCCAAGUACCUGGAACAAUACCUAGCACAUAACAGGCACUCAAUAAAUGUUUGUCGAAUUCA